GCCGAGGCUUACCCUGAGGCUGGUCGAUAUAUUUCUUCAGAGUGAUCUUUGCUUGAGGCGAGAUUGUGACGUUGGACGGCCUAAUCUGUCCUCAAAAACCAGCGACUGUCCCCGCCUCGUGUUCAGCUGCUGUAAAACUUGGCAUUCCAAUCCAAUUUCUCGUAUCCAACCUGAGGAGAACUCGUUUACGAAUUGCUGAUGCAACCGUCCCCAUAUCUCACAGAAGGGACUGAAGCUGAUCUAAUGAGGGAGAAGAACCAGGAUGGCGUUGUUGCAGACAGUUUAUCGCUGCCUAGGGAGUCUCUCUUCCUGUUUACCAUCUGUAUGGCGCAAUUCAUGACGCUCUUUGGCUUGGGGCAGACAUUGGGAAUUCUCCAUAACAUUGGCGAUUCUUUAGCCAUCGCCAACUCUGGCGAGCUCUCAUGGUUGGUUGCGGGCUACAGCUUAACGGCCGGUACCUUUAUCCUCGUGGCAGGGCGAGUGGGAGACUGCUUUGGGUACAAGAAUAUGUUUCUUGCUGGAAUGCUCUGGACAGCCAUUUGGUCAAUGAUUUCUGGAGUUAGUGUCUAUGCUAAUGCGACCAUGCUCAUCAUUGCGCGCGUAUUUCAGGGCAUUGGCCCUGCAUUUCUCCUGCCCAACAGCCUCGCUAUACUGGGAGUUUCAUAUUCUCCAGGCCCUCGCAAAAAUAUGGCCUUCGCGCUUUUCGGCGCCUGUGCGCCGUUGGGAGGCGCGGCUGGCUUCAUUUUUACUGCAUUGUUCGCCCUUACCUGGUGGCCAUGGUCGUUCUUGAGUACGGCGAUCGCACUCGUUGUCUUCACAGUCCUAGCUGCCGUUGUCAUUCCCCCGUUACCCGCGUCACCGCAUCGCAGCAAGUCUCUGCUAGACAAAUUGCAGAUGCUGGACCUCCCUGGUGCAACUACUGGAGUAGCGGCGCUCGUCCUUAUCAAUGUUGCAUGGAACCAGGCCCCCUCGGUGGGUUGGAAAGAACCGUACAUACCUGUGAUUUUAGCGCUAGGGAUAAUCUGUGUAGCUGUCUUUUUCUUGAUAGAGCGGCGGUUCGCACCCAUGCCGCUGAUACCGUUUGCCGCAUUGACUGUCGAUAUUCUUCUACUUAUCGGCUGUGUUGCCUGCGGGUGGGCAUGUUUUGGGGUCUGGGUGUAUUACGUUUGUCAGUUCAUACAGGAGCUCAAAGGAGCAUCGCCUCUACUAUUAGCUGCAUACAUGUCUCCAGUGGCAGUGUCAGGCACCCUAGCCUCGGUUGCCGUAGGUCUACUACUACAUCUAGUAGCUCCAUCCUGGAUCAUGACGUUCUCGCUAACUUGUUUCACCGUGGGCUCCAUCUUGCUUGCGACCGCUCCCGUUGACCAAACGUAUUGGGCACAGCUGUUUUGUUGCAUGCUGAUCAUUCCUUGGGGCAUGGACACGUCCUUCCCAGCGGCCACCGUGAUUUUCUCUAAUACAGUGGCUGCGGAGCACCAGGGGAUGGGAGCUUCAUUAAUUGCAACCACCGUCAACUACAGCAUAUCUUUGGGCUUGGGCAUCGCAGCAACCGUCGAGAGAUAUGUGAAGAAUGGUGACAAUACCGAAGCUGACCAAUUGAAAGGCUAUCGCGGGGCUCUGUAUACAGGGAUUGGGUUCGCGGGUUUGGGUAUCAUCCUCUCGUUGGCGAUGGUUAUGCGAGGGUUGCACAAAUCAAGGAAUACAUCUCUCCCUCAAAGAGAUUCAGCGACCUGUGUGACGGAGAAUUGUUGAUCAGACAGCUUCCAUUUUAGCCUUCUCUCACUUUUCCCUGACACCGAUUCUUCCUUAUUUUGCCAAUAAGUCUUAUGAACUUAAGAAAUUCAUGUACUGGUUGGUUCAUUGCAUUUUAAAAGCAUUGGAUUGGCCGUAGGAGUCCAGUAGAUCUACGUUGACAUAAGAUUUAGAUGAAAUCUUGCAAUUUCUCGACAACGUCCAAUCCGGAUGCACGAAAAUACUCGAAAAUUAUUAACGCCACUCACUGCCUUGUUAUGACUAUAGCUUUUACCAAUGUAUUUGUAGGAAAGACUUCAUAAUUCAU